GAAAAGAGUUUCAAUGAACAUGGAAACCUUAAAGUCCACAUGAGCGUUCACACUGGAGGAAAGCCUUACAACUGUCCUGAGUGUGGAAAAAGUUUCAAUAGAAAAGGAGAUCUUACUGACCACAUGACAGUUCACACUGGGGAGAAGCCUUACACCUGUAAAAAGUGUGGAAAGAGUUUUACUCAAAAAGUAAACCUUAACAGGCACAUGACAAUACACACUGGAAAUAAGCCUCACAUCUGCCCUGAGUGUGGAAAGAGUUUUGAUCAACUUGGAAACCUUAAAGUGCACAUGAGAGUUCACACUGGAGAGAAGCCUUACUCCUGCAAACAGUGUGGAGUCAGUUUCACUCAUGAAGGAAACCUGUACAGGCACAUGAGAAUUCACACUGGAGAGAAGUCUUUCACCUGCCAACAGUGUGGAAAAAUAUUCAAUAGAAAAGGAAAUCUUAAUGACCACAUGAGAGUUCACACUGGAGAGAGCCCUUUCCCCUGCCAACAGUGCGGAAAGAGUUUUACUUAAAAAGUAAACCUUAACAGGCACAUGAGAAUUCACACUGGAGACAAGCCUUACACUUGCUCUGAGUGUGGAAAGAGUUUUUAUCAACAUGGAUACCUUAAAGUGCACAUGAAAGUUCACACUGGAGAGAGACGUUUUAUCUGCCAACAGUGUGGAAAAAGCUUCAUUAAAAAAGGAUUCCUUACGAGGCACAUGAGAAUUCACACUGGAGGAAAAGCUUAUCAAAAUCCAUGCCCUCAGUGUGGAGAGAGUUUCGAACUACAUGAAAGCCUUAAAUC